UGACCAACAAUAUUGUAAAAACUAAAACGUUUCGGCUGUCAGAAACGGAGCGUAAACCUGUUAGCGCUCUGUGCCACUCCAUCAAGAGUAACCACCAAUGGCGGCUACCGGCAACGGCGAAAUCCUUAUGCUGGACGCACCACCGGAGGCCUCUCGCCCUUGGUCGAGCUCAUCCAAUUCAGAAAUCGUGGACGCAUUACCCUACAUCGAUGAUGAUUAUGGAGAUCCCUCCGUCAAGGCAGAGGUUGAUCGCCUUGUUGAAGAAGAGAUGCGUAGGAGUUCGAAGAAACCUGCCGAUUUUUUGAAAGACUUGCCUUCUCCCCCAAAGUUCAAUUUCGAGAAUUAUCCAAUGCUUGCUAAAGAAUAUGAACGUGUGAGAGCUGGAAGGCCUCCAGUUACACUUGAUUUUUCACGAUAUGCUCACUUGGAUUUGCCUAUGGCUAAUAAGAUGAAUGAUGAAGCUGCUUGGAAGCAAGCACUACAGAGAGCACAGCGUUUGCUACAGCAUCAAGUGAUCAGGCUGGAAAAUUUAGACCUAAUAUCAAAAUAUGGUCCAAAUGUCUGGAUACAACACAACCGUCAAUUAGAAGUAAUGUUAUCCAGAAUGCAGAAGUUAGCUCAGGAACAAAAUGAAAAAAUUGAAGCUGUGAAUCGGGAAAGGAAAUAUCAUCAGCAAAAUACUGCAUAUGAGCUGAAUGCUUUAUCUAUGCAAUGGAAGGAGCUUUGUCUCAAAAAUAUAGAAAUCCAAGCUGCAUGUACUAAAAUAGAAAUGCAGAUAGAGGAAUUGAAGAAAGAAGCUGCUGAGAGAGGCUGGAACUUGGAAGCUAACAUAGAGAAUGGUUCUUUAUUACAUUCAGCUCAAUGAGACUGCAUAAACUGUUUUGGAAAAGUUGAAUUCCAUUCCUGAAGGCAAAGAUGCUUGUCGGUACUCAAAGUUGCUGGCUCAUGCACUGUAGACACUGUUCUUUGUGAGCCCCUGGUUGUACAAUUAAGAUUAAUGCCUCUUCUGGCUUAAGAAUCCUUGUUGUACUUGAUGCAUGUUCUUCCUGUGGAUCAUGGAGUGAAGAGUUCCAAUUAGAUCUGGCUCUUCCUGCUCUUCGCAAAAUUAUAAACUUUGGAUUUAGAUUUGGUUCAAAACUUUUUUCAUAUACCUCUUUCUAACAAUGAAAUUGUGAUGCAGGGAGAUGUGACAUCAUAUGCUUGAAAAAAAAAAUUGCAUGAAUUUCCCCAUGGACAAUAGGAAUGAGUAUGCUGAAGCAGUGUUGUAUUGUAGAUCUGAAAGAGAAUUUGAACUCAAAUCUCCAUGUUAAUCUAUUCAGGUUAAGUGUAUGUGGAUUGAUUUUCAG